AUGGCGAUAUCAGCAGAUAUCAGAGUAUCUAUAGCUUUGAGUUCAUGCAAAUUCAGUACCCCUCGACCUCGAGCCUCGUCUCAUUUUCCCCCUUCUAAGGUGUCCUGCAGCGUGUUCACCAGUGGGGCCAUACCAAAAUGCUUUCGUCAUGUACUAAGUACCGAUACCACACGUUGCCACUCUAAACGGCCUCUUUGGGUUUUCGGAGACUAUAAGCUCUCGCAAAAUCCCAUCAGCCAAGAAUUCGAGAAUUUUCUACUCAACGUAAUCAAAUUAAACUUCUUUGAACGGCUAAACCUGGCAUGGAAGAUACUAUUCCCAUCACCCGCGAGCAAAAGGAAUUCCAACGCAAACAUCGCCAAACAGCGCCUUAAGAUGAUCUUGUUCUCCGAUCGAUGUGCUGUUAGUGAAGAGGCCAAACAGAAAAUUGUGACCAAUGUCGUAAGUGCCUUGUCUGAUUUCGUUGAGAUCGAGUCUCAGGACAAAGUUCAGUUGAGUGUCUCGACUGAUCCUGAUCUCGGGACCAUUUACUCUGUCACGGUGCCCGUGAGACGUGUGAGGCCGGAGUAUCAACUUGAUGACGAGACUGGGUCGAUAACGAAUAUCGAGUAUAGGGACAGGGGAGAAACAUCGGGCUCGGUUGAUGUCACUUUUGAUUUUUAUAUUCCCGGUGACAAAUCGGAGGAUUUUAGUGUGUGA